AUGCGUGCAAUGCGGGACGAGGAGCAACCCGUGCCGGUGCAAGGUGGUGGGGCCGACGGUGGGGUUUGUGGCGUUCGCGGUGGCGGCGGUGGUGGAGUGGCCGCUGGGGGCAUUCGUCUACAUAUUCCGGCACCGGAAAGGCAGGCGGAUCAUGGCCCAUCCGGCCACCGUAGUCUACCCGUCCGUCACAAAUGCCAUCCCCAUCUGAUCAUCUCUUCGGGAACACACUACUCUUGUACUAAAUUUGACUUGUGCUGUGUUUUGUCUCCUUUGUUGUUUUGUUUAAUAAAUAAUAUAUUGUACAAUUACUGCUCUUCAGAAACUGUUAUGUUCUUUGGUUGGGAGGAAUAA